GGUGAUGGCAGUGAGGUGUGAUAUCUUUCUUAGCUGAAAGCUUGUGUUUAAAAGCGUCGUUAUUAGCGGAACCGAUUUCACAUCGCAAGUUAUAAUGUCCAGACAAAGUGCAAGGGGAACAGACCAAAAGAAAGUGAAUGGAGAACUUUUUACACUAACAUAUGGUUCACUGGUUGCCCAGCUGAUCAAAGACUAUGAAAAUGAUGAUGAAGUCAAUAAACAACUUGAGAAAAUGGGCUACAACAUUGGUGUGAGGCUAAUUGAGGAUUUCCUAGCCAGAGCUAAUAUUGGGCGAUGUCAAGAUUUCAGAGAGACAGCUGAUGUUAUAGCCAAGAUCGGCUUUAAAAUGUACUUGGGAAUUGUGCCUGUAGUGAGUAACUGGUCACCAUCAGGGGAUGAGUUCUCUUUGCUGAUAGAGAACAACCCACUGACUGACUUUGUGGAGCUGCCAGAGGAGCACAGCAACCUUACCUUCUCCAAUUUACUUUGUGGUGUGCAAGGAGCUUUAGAAAUGGUACAGAUGGAUGUGGAUGUUAGAUUUGCACAAGACCAACUCAAAGGGGACAGUAUUACAGAAUUAAGACUCAAAUUCAUAAAGCGAUUAGAAGAUGCAAUACCCGCUGGGGAGGAUUAAUUGUUCAUUGUGUUAAUCUUGUAUGUAUAAUAUAUAUAUAUAUAUAUAUAUGUAUGCACAUGUAGCUAGACUGAUUAUGAUUCCUUGUACAGAGUCUGUGUAAGUCUUGUAUAUUUAUUGACACCCAAGUCAGUGUCUGAUCAUGACUCCUCAUUAAUAUGGGAAUCUUCAUUCCACUAUCUAUAAUUAUCGGAAAUGCAUGUGACAUAUUUGGGACUCUGAAGAAGUUUCUUUUAUAUGGAGAAGAGUUCACUGCAGACAAAGAUUUAAUGGUGUGAUGAAAAUAUUGGUACUACUGUAAAAUUCUUGACCAUUUUUGCAUGUAUGCAAGAUGUGUAUAUGGAUACAAUUAUAAUUUUUCUGAAGCACUUAAAUUAAUCAAUUGGUCUUCAAAUUAUAAAGUUAAAAAGGUGCAUGUGCUACUGUAAAAUUCUUGACCCUUUUUGUAUGUAUGCAAGAUGUGUAGAUGGAUACAAUUAUAAUUUUUCUGAAGCACUUAAAUUAAUCAAUUGGUCUUCAAAUUAUAAAGUUAAAAAGGUGCAUGUGCUACUGUAAAAUUCUUGACCCUUUUUGUAUGUAUGCAAGAUGUGUAGAUGGAUACAAUUAUAAUUUUUCUGAAGCACUUAAAUUAAUCAAUUGGUCUUCAAAUUAUAAAGUUAAAAAGGUGCAUGUGCUACUGUAAAAUUCUUGACCAUUUUUGCAUGUAUGCAAGAUGUGUAGAUGGAUACAAUUAUAAUUUUUCUGAAGCACUUAAAUUAAUCAAUUGGUCUUCAAAUUAUAAAGUUAAAAGGUGCAUAAAUUGUUUUGAUUGUUAGUCUUGCCGUGCAGAAAGAUUGAGGAAUUACGAAAGUGUCUGGUGUUUUUGUUUUCUUUCGUGUGUUUGUGUCGGUCAGAUCUGUUACGUGCAUGAUGUGGUUAAGUGAUGCUGGAAGACCUCUUUAUUUUAUCUUGGGUGGUGGCAGAGCCUUCGUGGCUCAUUUUUCUAAAAGCAAAAUCAUAUCCAUCUCUCACUGCUUUGACUGCUUUUAAAGUCGCAAUCAGUGUCACGUGCCUAAUAAAGGGCAUUGGUUUUAAUACUCACAGAUGAGGUCUUGUGCUGAAGGUUUUGUACUUUUAACAACUGAAGAGUUUCAUUAUGAAAUAUGCGUUAAAUUUGACCACUUUUGAUUGUUUUGAUCUUUAGCAAGUGUAGAAUAUGGAUUUGUGAAAUUUGUGCAAGGAUUCUUGAAUGGUUCAAGUAGUUUGAUACUGCUAUCACCUUUAUCUUCACAUCAACUUUUAAUAAUAUUUUGCAUGAUGCUAACGGUUUUGUGUAGUUUAUGAGUCCUUGUCAACAGUUUCAACUGUAUCUGCAUCAUACAAAAACACAUUUGAGUAAUUUUGAACUGGACAAACUGGAAUAGCCCUUGAACAAACUUUGGGGUGAUGCCAUUUUUACCUUAGUCCUAUUCUGUUUGUUGGAAAAUCCUUGGCAUCACAGACAGCAUCCAUUGCUUGCCUUCCACAGUAAUUGUCAUUGGAAAGAUUGCUGAAGAAUUCUUCUACACCAACAUAUAAUCAAAUCAUCUUGAUGUUUGUGGCUCUGUCAGUACAUGACAGUGAGAUCAAAUCUUCAUGUAUUGUGACGCUCUGCAAACUUGCCUUAAAUUAAAAUCCUGUGUUCUUGACAAGAAAGCAAAGUUCACCCCAUCCACUUACAUUUAUGAAAAAUAAAUUAAUAC